CGCCCGCCCUUUCUCUCUCUUGGGGAACUCGGUGCAUGCAUCUGUCCCCUCUGUGAAUCACGAAGCCAUUGGACUGACGACCUGGUGCUCAGUCGCGAGUGUUUGCCGCUCACACCCUCGCUUCUGCAACCCCGCUCUCCGUCGGAGAAUAAUCAGUCGGCGACUUCCUUUGAUGAAUUGACCGCAAUCACGGCGAACAGACAGACAGAUUGAACCCCAAACCCGAAAAUCAGACCCAACAUCUCGGCAGCCUUUUGUGAAGCAAUAUGCACAGGUACGGGUUGAAGGGUCUGAAAGCACUGCUUGCGACCAACACAUCCAGGUAGCUCUCGGCGGAACGGCAGAAGGAAGGAGGGAAGGAAGGAAGGAAGGAAGGAAGGAAGGAAGGGAGGGAGGGAGGGAGGGAACUGGGGGCAGCCUUCUGACCAAUCUGCUGAGGAGAAACACACGGGCAGGUCGUCAGUCGUUGGUUAUCCUCCUUUCUCUAGUUUGCCCCAGCUUUGCCGUGAUGAUGAAUGAAGAGCCCGAGAAGGACGAUGGAAGGUUUGGCGGAGCGGAGGGCUCUACUGAAUCUGGGGUCUGCAUGGCAGAGUGUACUGGAGAAUGCACGGGGGACUCUGGAGCUGCCUCUUUCAUAGAAGAUGGGACUAUGCUCGAUUGCGCAGGAGAUCGGUAUGAGCGUCCCAGUGAUGAUGCCAUAAUUGCCCAGGAAAAUGCGAUUAGGGCUGAGGAGAAUGAAAAACUUGACCUUAUUGGGGACAAGCUUCAUGAUGCUCCAUUGUUGGCCGAUUCCUCUGUGUGGUCGGUCACGGAUUUGAAUGUUCAUCGAAGGUGUUUCCUUAAGUAUCAAGGUCCAUUGUGUGGACGCAAUGGUGAGGGCAGUCUUGUGGAAAACAGAGUCAAGAAAGAGCAUGACAAUGAGGGGAAUCAGGAGAGGGAGAAGCGGGGAAAGGAGGAGGAGGAGGAGGAGCAAAGCGAGGGAAGGGGGGGAGGGGAGGGUAAGGAACAUCUUCUGGAGUCUAUGGAUUCUGAUGCCGUCGACCGUAUUCUGAAGAGGCUCACUGAGUUGAGGCAGUCUCUGCUGGACCAGGGGUUUGCUGAGCUCACAUUUGAAGAUUUUCUUGCACAGCAGUACCAUGACAGCAGCAGUGCCACGUCAGUAGCAGCGCCACAUCAGCAGUGCCACGUCAGCAGUACCACAUCAGCAGCAGUACCACGUCAGCAGCAGUGCCUCGUCAGCAGUACCGUGGCAGCAGUGACACAUCAGCAGUGCCCCGCCACCAUGACGGUUUCAGUUCUGGGCAUGCCAGGCCAACUGGCCAACGAGUCCAUUGCCGAGUACCGACAGCGGUUCCAAGCUCAGCUCGCACUUAUAGAGGCUGAGGAACAGCGCCAGGCGGCAGCCCGCCUACAGGCUGAAGCGGAGGCAGCGGCUGAAAAGCAGGGGCUUCAGGACGCAGCUGACGCAGAUUCCCAGGCCCGCCGCAAGGAAGCCCAAGAUCUGUUGAAGCGGCAUGAAGCCGUCAGCGUCGACAGGCUCAAGUUCUGGCAUUUUGAACCGACUUGGAGCAAGCAGCACCAAGACCAGAUGCUGGCGAACCCAGCAAUGCAGCCUCAAACCGCCAGUUGGAGCAACGGAUCGACCAUGUACUCGCAAUGCUCGGCGACAUCAACACUUUCACCGCACCAGCCACCAUCAGCGAGCAGCUCGGCACCUCGAAGACCGAGCUCAGGCAGCUACACCAGCUGCCCAACAAGGAUGGCAGCACCGGUGCAUCGCGGCUGUACAAGAUGCCGACGUUCCGGAUCGAGAAGUUUGAUGACUACAUGGGCACUUCAUACCCGUGUACAGGACUUGGAGCAAGCAGCACCAAGACCGGAUGUUGGCGAACCCAGCAAUGCAGCCUCAAACCGCCAGUUGGAGAAACGGAUCGACCAUGUACUCGCAAUGCUCAGCGACAUCAACACUUUCGCCGCACCAGCCACCAUCAGCGAGCAGCUCGGCACCUCGAAGACCGAGCUCGGGCAGCUACACCAGCUGCCCGACAAGGAUGGCAGCACCGGUGCAUCGCGGCUGUACAAGAUGCCGACGUUCCAGAUCGAGAAGUUUGAUGACUAUACGCAUCAGGACCCAUUCGUCCGGUGGCAAGGUUUUACAACAGAGAUUGGGAUUCAUGAGGUCCCCAAUCACUUGUACAUCUCGGCGUUGUUCCUCAACGUCAAGGGCGGAUGCCAGAUCUGGCUCAGCCACAUGGCAACCAUCCGCGGCGUCCAGGUUGCUGACUUGCACAAGAAGAUCUCUUGGGAAGAUCUGACCAGGGAAUGGAAGAAGCGGUUCAGUGUUGACGAUGCCCCGACGCUUGCCAUCAACCGCCUCUUCUCCAUGGCUCAAGGCAACACAUCGACACGCGACUGGCUCACGGGAUGGCAAAAGAUUAUGGCAACGCCCGAUUUCGAUUUGCCAUUUUCGCAUCUGCGCCUGGAGUUCUACAACCGGUCGUGUGCCGGCUUGAGCCUCGCACUUGGUGAUCGUGAACAAUACACGACCUGCCCCGAAAUCAUCGACAAGGCUCGUGAGAUCAUCAAGACCAACUGGGCUGCUGCACACGAGAAAUCAGCGUGGCAGCCAACCUAUGUGGCGGGAGGAAAAUUUGGUCCGCAUCCGCAGCCUGUCGUUGCAGUCCAAUCGGACAACAUUGUGGAAGACCCGGCAUCCACCCCAGCAUCACGUGAGGGAGAUCUGGUGGCCGUUGUCCAGCCGCGAAGCAACAACAACUCCGGUGGAAAAGGCAAGGCGAAAACUGCAUCGCCGGUCAGAAAUGGACAGCCAGUACCACGGGUCAAGUUCAGCUUGACCGAGGCCGAAUACAAGUACCGCAGCCGAUACAAUUGCUGCUAUUGGUGCAACAUCACAAGCACAAGACCUCCCAAUGUCAAGAUCAAGGCAAGGAGGAUGUUCGACCUCGAAUCAGCUCGGGAAACUGAGUUGCGCGGAAGCCUCAGCAAACUAGUAGAAUACUGCCGCGAUGAGAUCAUUUCCAAUUGCGUUGUCAUGUGCUUCCGGUUCUUCACAUCUUCAGAAAUUCAAAGGCGGGCAGAAUUUUUCGAGCCUUUUAUUUUUGGCCUCAGCAAUAUGGGAGUCCUCCAGUUUUGCCGAUGCUGUGUGGAGCCGAUGGGUGUCGAGAGCGAUCAUGUUCACAUCAUCGCUCUGUCUGAUGCGUUGGGUGUACCUGUACGCGUCGUGUACUUGGACGGAAGUCUGUCCUGUGGAUCCGACAAGUCCGCAGAGGUGAGCGUUCACGACUUCGUUCCGAAGGAAACAAGCAGUGGCAAGAAGGCCACAGCAGAUGGAACGCAGGCAGUGCCUCCAGUGGUUCUGUUGUAUCGGCCUGGACAUUAUGAUAUUCUAUAUUCCAAAUAAGUGGAGCACUUCAGUCGUGGGGCCGCUGGCCGGAAAAAAAAAAAGAAAAAGAAAAAAAAAGAAAGAGAGAGAGAGAGAGCAUGUUGACUGGGGCACUACGUUGUCAUGUUCCUUCUCCGCUUCGUCCACCGGGAAAGUGUAGCAUCAGCAGCAAUGUGACCACAAUGGAUUUAUUUGUGAGCGACAGCGGAGGCAAGUUUGUCUGUGCUAUGGCUACCGUGGUGCAUGAGUGGAUGUGUUCCUGACGACCGACCAAGCUCCGACUGCAAAUCGAAGAUCAGAAAUGCGGACUCGGAGCAGGGAUUUAACAGUUGAAUCAUCAUCUUGGUUAACUUCCACCAAAUGGCUGAUGAUCAAGCUGCAGCUGCUGCACCAAUAAGCAGGAACAUAGCCAGGCAUCUCUCCUGUCAAUGAAGGGGGAAGAAGCGCAUGCUAUCUGCUCCAAUCUAUUGACAAUUGUAGUUAAUCUAGUUAAUCUAUAUGCCUAAUUCUCAAGCUUCAAUGUUUCUUCGCCAUCCUGAUCGGAAUUACUAUUCAGUGUAUCUGGUCUGUCCUCUCAGUUCUUGGCAUCUUGCCCACGUU